GUCAUGGUGACGAGCGAAAGCAUGGACGUCGUCGUGUUUCGCAGUUGGCCAGUGACAGCUGUUGCGAGAAGGCGCGAGUGAAGUCGGCUUCCUCAGAGAGACCGAACUAUCACGAUUCACAAAAGGUUACCUCCAAAUCUUCGUGUUGCAAGUGUAUAAAGGAGCGUUUUGCCAUCCGUCGAGGAUCCCGAUCGAUGAAAUCGACGACGUCAGCAUGCAGCAGCUAACGCAGAAGAGAAAAGCCGUCGCGACGAUGCCGGUAUCUGGCAGUUCUCGCGAAUCGGAAUACUCCCCGAGACUGUGAACCAUCCGGAGGAUCAUAGAUGACGAUGAACCGCUACAUAACGCUGAAUCAGCUGGGCGACGGGACAUUCGGUUCCGUCGUCCUCGGCGAGCGCAUCGACACCGGCGAGAAGGUCGCCAUCAAGCGCAUGAAGCGCAAGUAUUACUCCUGGGAGGAGGCUAUGAAUCUGAGGGAAGUCAAGUCGCUGAAGAAGUUGAGCCACACGAACGUGGUGAAGCUCAAGGAAGUCAUCAGGGAGAACGACGUGCUGUACUUCGUGUUCGAGUAUAUGAAGGAGAAUUUGUACCAGCUGAUGAAGGACAGAGACAAGCUGUUCCCCGAGCCGGUGAUAAAGAACAUGGUAUACCAAGUGCUCCAGGGCCUGGCGUUCAUGCACAAGCACGGCUUCUUUCACCGCGACAUGAAGCCGGAGAACCUGCUGUGCAUGGGACCGGAGCUCGUUAAAAUCGCCGAUUUCGGCCUGGCCCGGGAAAUCAGGUCGAGGCCGCCGUACACGGACUACGUCUCCACGAGAUGGUACAGAGCACCGGAGGUACUGCUGCACUCGACCAACUACAACAGCCCGAUCGACAUCUGGGCGGUGGGCUGCAUCAUGGCCGAGCUGUACACCUUCAGGCCCUUGUUCCCAGGCAAGAGCGAGAUCGACGAGAUCUUCAAGAUCUGCUCGGUCAUAGGCACGCCCGACAAGAACGACUGGCCCGAGGGCUACCAGCUGGCCAACGCCAUGAACUUCAGGUUUCCAAACUUCAGCAGAACGUCCCUCAGUGUGCUCAUACCUAACGCCAGUCAGGAGGCGGUCAUCCUCAUGGAGGACAUGCUGCAGUGGAACCCCAUGAAGAGGCCCACGGCUCAACAGGCUCUCAGGUACCCGUACUUCCAGCCGACGGGGCCGCGGCUGAUAAACAGUAAGAAAAUCGGUGUAAACUCGCAGCGAGAGCUCAUCAUGAACAAGGUCAACAUACCCUCACCUUUGGCUGCUGGUCUGACCUUACCCUAUGCCAACGGACACCACCUUCAGCAGACGCAGGACGUCGUCAACACGAUAAUGCCUCAGCCGAGAGUCAUGGAGAAGCUGCAGAAGGUUCAGGUCCAGCCGGUUCUGCCGAUUCUCAAUCACAACGGCCGCAAGAGGGACAGCAGUAGUACAGUUAAGAAGUGGGACGAGGACGAGUUCACCACCGAGAUGUUGGGAAACAUCCUCAAAUCGAACGAGAGCAAAGACCGGCUGCUGCCCGAGAGGGUUUACAAAGAGAACCGAGCGAACUGGAACGGCAACUACCUGACCAACCACAACUCCGAAGCCCAGACGAAUCAAAAACAGAGCAGCGCCAACUGGACGCUUCCGUCCUGGUACGAGCAGAUGCCCCACGUCAAUCGCGCCUGGAGCAACGCUGCAAACAACAAUAACUUGGCGAACCAUCGACUGCUGGUCAACAGUCGACGCGUCCCCACUAAACUACCCGCGCGAUACGUCAUCGCCCAGUCGCCGAGUCAACUUCCCUCUAGCGCCCUGAAAAAACUUUACAGGACGAACAGCGAGACUCGUUCGCGCAACGGCGCAGUCGUCAACGGUUCGGCUGCUCCUCCUCAGCAGCAACCGCUCAACGGUCUGAGCCUAGCCGCCAUCAACGGUGGGCCGUUACUCAACGGUAUCAAACCGCCGAGCGGCGAAAAGCUCGAGGAAAUCGCCGACUCGUUCUGGGCCACCAAGAGCAAGGAGGACCAGACCCGACAACAUCUGCUCGCCAGGAAUCGAUACAUCAACGAGCAGAGCGCCAGGCUACCCUAUCCCAGCGUUUACGGUACCCAGAAUAUCAAGGCGGGAAACAAUGCUCUGAUCAACGGUAUGCUCAACGCCCGAGCCAGUGGCGGAGUUAACGGGAGAACCGAUUGGGCCGCCAAAUACCUGAAGUGAUUCGGAUUUAUACGAAGCCUGACGAUGAACGAUCUGGAGGAUAUUAAUCGACUGUGAUAGAACCUGGCGCAUACUUGUACCUAUAUUGUCUGUAUAAACGUAUAUACGUAUGCACCGGAUGCUGCUGAAACAUAUUGAGAUGUGUAACUAUAUAUAUGGCAGAUGUACAUAGGUUUUAGUUUUUCUUUCGAUUUGUGUCGAGUCGCAGUGUUGCAAACAAUGCGACGAACGAGAUGAGCGCCCAAUCAAAGAAACUGUACUGUGUUUCUCGUAUACGUGUGCGUUACGUCGGUGUAACGCGUAAAAAUAUGAAACUUAUAGGUAUGUAAUACAAGUUGCAUGUGUAGAUUAUGUGGAAAAAUGUAUGGUGCUCAAAAUAUGUGUACAUACUUUUUGGAAGAGUAAAUUCGUCAAUAAAAAUUAUUUCAAUCGAUGAAUUAUAUCUUUAAAAAAAAAAUAACUCUUGUAAUGCACCUCAUUCAUUUUCGGUAUACUACAAAAGUAAUAAUUUUUGCGACACUUAUUAUAUAAGGUUUCAUCGUAGUUGAUAAGCUAAAUACAUAAAUAAAGAUUAUGGACGAUAUUAAGGAGUUUGUUGAUCUGGAAAAUUAAACAACAAUCGGUCGAAUAGUUGUAAGAUAUAUAUUAUAUUAUAUAUACAUAUGUUAAUUAUUUGUACAUAUUGAUAAUUGCGGUCAGCAGAAAUUGUUACGAUUUCUGCACAGAGCCGAUCGCCCCUAUGCAAGGGUUCAUCUUCAUUUCGUUCGAAUAAGAACAAUCUUUUUGUCAUUAUAAUAUUCACUCGCGUGUCGCAUAUAACUCGAUUUCACACCUACAAACAAUUCUGGGGGGAGAUACUUCGACGUCGGCCUUGAGCUUAUCGUACACCUCGUCGUUGAUAUAUGAUAUAAUUGUUCGGAAGUAGGAAAUUUAUUUAAAUUAAAAAUACAGCAUAAUAUAUUACAACAAAA